CUAGGUUAAAUACAAUUAUUGCAAUGUAUAUUCAAUAAACAUAUGUGUUAGUAACCUAUGUGUUAGGGAGUUGUUGUUAUCUUAAUCCUUAUGUAGUUUGAAACAGAAAUGCAACACGAUUUAACAAGCGUUCAUAUACGUUGCUUUGUUAAACGAAGAUUGUGUUCGGCGUUAGCCUCCGGGCGCUGCCUGUUCCAUCAAUUUACAGGGUUUAGUUACAUAGAUUAGGAAGGCAGGCUUUGUUUACACCGAGCUAAGUCGAUAGAAGCCGCCUUGAGACGAAGCACGGGGAAUCCACCUGAAGUCGGGCAGAUGCGAGGCAGCUGCCGGCCCGGCCGGUCCUGUCCCCCCCGCGCGCACCCUCGCCCCGCCGGCCCGCGCAAUCGCGGCUAACAGUUUUAUUUCACCGAAUAAACUUUAUCAAACAAAGCGUGCGUGCCCCGCGCCCUGCAACUGGUCGCCCAGCUGUUCCCGGUGCAGCUGCCGUCGGCGUCCCGCUCGCGCGCGCCCGUCGCCGCGCCGCAGGAGAGGGACGGACGGCGCCCGUGUAAUUGCGUCGAGGCCCUUCAAUUCCCUGUGCACGGCCCAUUCGCAGUCUGCAUCCUGACGCCGGCAGGCACGCGAUGACUAGCAAGCGCAAACGCGAUUGUGACGAAACUGACGAGAUGCGGGCGAAGCGGCAGCGACGGCGUAAGCGGUCGCGCAGCGAGCCUUUGCUUCACGACUCGGAGAGUGCAGAGAAAAGACAGGCGCUGAAGCGGCUGUUCGGACGGAUUUGUUCGGUGGAGCUGGACGACACACAACGCGAGGAGGAGGCGCGCGGUGACUUUAACGACGAAAACGAGGACCCGCUGCUGGACUCUGUGCCGGUGGACAUGGAUCCGGAGCAGCUCGGGUUCCUGGUGUGCGCGCAGGAGACGCUGCGGUUCCUGCACCGGCGCGGCAUCCCCAUCGAGCACCCCGUGUUUGCGCGGCUGCGCUCGCGGCUGCUCCGCGGGAUCGACGAGAUGGCGGUGGCCUGAGUGUUGCUGGGCCCGGAGCCCUCCAAAACCUAAUUCUUCACGCCUCUGGGACUCUUUUGAGUGUUUAUUUAAUGAGUGUACGUCAGUGUUACCUACAAAAUAUUCCUAUGCCGGGCUCCGGUUAGUGCUUAAGGAAAAAGCCGUAAGGCUGAAAAUUGCUAAUCGAAGCAACAGGUGGCCCAAUGGGCUAAUCUAGUCACUACCUAGUCAAAGUUUACGAAUUAUAAUUGUUAAGCAAAUCUCUAUUGUGUCUCGAAUAAAGCGACCCAUUAAAUGUAUUCAGUUAUUUAUCAUUUCUCGAUCCUUUUUC